GCAGAGCGAGGAGGCGGCUCCGCAGCCAUCGCGCCUGCCCGGCCGGCCGCGGAGCUCGGCUGCAGGGGGAGGGGGGUGGGGGGGCGGCUCAGCGGCGGGUCUGCGGGCCGGGCGGGCCCCAUGGGCGGGUGUGUGGGCUCCCACCACGACUCCUCGGGCAGCCUCAACGAGAACUCGGACGGCACCGGAGUUGCUCUUGGUCGUAAUCAGCCCUUGAAAAAAGAGAAACCGAAAUGGAAAAGUGAUUACCCCAUGACGGACGGACAGUUGCGCAGUAAGAGAGACGAGUUUUGGGACACAGCACCGGCGUUCGAAGGCCGCAAGGAGAUUUGGGAUGCCCUCAAGGCUGCUGCACACGCUUUCGAGAGCAAUGAUCAUGAACUGGCACAAGCAAUCAUUGAUGGUGCAAACAUAACACUACCACAUGGUGCUCUUACAGAGUGUUACGAUGAACUGGGCAACCGGUACCAGCUCCCCGUCUACUGCCUCGCUCCGCCCAUCAACAUGAUCGAGGAGAAGGGCGACCUGGAGACUCUGGACAUCCCCGACCCACCGCCCAACUCAGGGCAUGAAUGCCAGCUCCGUUUGCGCCUGUCCACAGGCAAAGACCUCAAACUCAUGGUCCGCAGCAUGGACACCGUGUACCACAUGAAGAGGCGGCUGCACGCGGUGGAGGGAGUGGAGCCCGGCAGCCAACGCUGGUUCUUCUCGGGCCGGCCACUCGCAGACAAAAUGAAACUGGAGGAGCUGAAAAUCCCAAAGGACUACGUGGUGCAAGUCAUUGUGAGCCAGCCCUUAGCAAACCCAACCCCGGUGGAAAACUGAUUUCUGCUUGUUUAUCGAUUCUCCUUCUCUCCCUCUCUGUCGUGGGACUGGUUUUCACUGCCCUGUCUUCUUUCGUUUUGUCCUGCUAAUGGAUUGGUUCCAAGAAUUGACCAGCAAAAAUUCCAUCUGUGAUGGAGAUCUGCAAAAACAAAACAUAAAAAUGUAAACUGGCCUUUGGGGUUUGCCUGAUCUCAUAUUUAACACAGCAGCAAAAAGCAAAGGGUGAGGGCAAAGAAAGGAGUGGGAAAGGGAAGGGAAAAGGGAGGGCGUGCAUAGAGGGAGGGCAAGGUUGUCUUUCUCUUAAACAAUAAAAGCAUGUAAUGAUCCUUAAAACUGUAGGUGGUGUCCUGAUCCACGGAACAAGAGUAAGAGAGCACUUUUAUUUAAAAAAUAAAAAAAUGGAUAUUUCAUAUCAGCACCACCUACAGUUCAUCCAAGACUUGCAGCCGCCCUGCGUAGGUCCCGCUGUGUGUUGUGGGGAUCUUGCUGGCUAUCCCAAUGCACGGCUUCAUCCGGGGGUUGCCAAGGCACCACCAGCCCUGGGCAGGGAGUGGGGCUGGGGCUCAGUCACUGUCCUUCUGGCAGCUCCUGCUGUGCUCAGCCCAUGCAAUUGUACAUUCCGAGGUGGCAAUGCAGUCCUGUGCCAUUGCGGGUGCCAGCGCUGGGGACGCAGCCUGCUGGGGCCUUAGGCAAUAACUUCGUGAAAGUAUACUCUCACGUACUGUACUGUAAACCUACAAGACUGACUUUGCCUGAAGUUUACUGGCUGACUGGCACCCGGGUAUGUGCCUGCCGCAGUACUGUACAGCACUCAGAGCAUUAAAACAGACUUUGAACAAGCUAGCUAGGAGGAGUGGCGUGCUGGUCUGCAAUUAAGGAUGAGGUGCAUGACUGUUGUCUGGUGGCACCGGUGUGCCUGCUGCAAUAGGUUAAGUGCAGUUACACCCAAAUGCAAUGGAUUGCAGCCUCCCCUGCUCCGUUCUGGAGGGCUCCAUGUGGAAAAUGGUAAGAACACAAAAGCACACAAGUUUCAGCUUUUCCUAUGUCAUUUGAAGCAGCAGUCAUUCUUGAUCUGGAGAUAUCCUCACCAACACACAGCAGCAGCCCAGAGUGUAGCUGCGGUGUCCAAUCAACAACACUUUCCCUUCAGAAUGUAAGAGGAGCCCUUGUGGCAAAUGACAAAUCCUUUUCUAGUCUCAGAAAUCUGAAUCAGACAAAUAUAUCUGGGGGGGAAGAAUCUGAUCAUCGGUUACCUUGGGUAGAGAUGCGCUCUCUUCCUCAGGCUUGUCUGGCAAUGCCUUUGCUUGAGAUCAAAUCCACUGCUCCUUUUAAACUUCAUUUCUAGUUUGCUUGUUUUUUCAGCCAUCAGUGAAAUCACUUGGAAGGUCCGACACGCUGGCCAGGUUUGAUUUUUUUUUUCAUUGAUUUCUGCCUUCCCACUCUGAAUCUGCGAUCUCAACCUACAGUUAUCUCAGCUCUUACUCAUCUGCUGGUGAAACUGCUGGGCUAGGAUUGGCCAUUUGAAACCCGAUUAAUUGCAUAGCACUCCGUUUGUCUGGCUCUGAGGGAGUUUCUUGCUCCACAAAUAUCACUGCAGAGCCAGAAGGACCGUGGUACAUCAUCGCAAGUCUUACCCAACAGAUGGAAGCAGAUGCAGGUAAUAGGUGCAGCCAACUUUCACCUCUUGGAAAACAGAUCCACAUUUUAUGUGCAUUUCUUCUCUAUUUCACAGUAGCUUUCAUUUUUGUCCCUGUGUUGUACAGUAAGAUUUCCUUACAGCUCCUUAAGUCCCAGUUUUGUGCAGGGUGAUGGAAGCGUAGUGACAGAGCUGUGUAAAGGAAAAUCAGUUUCCUGUUCUCAUAAGCACCCAAGUGACUUGUUUUUCACUUUUUUGUUUAUUUGUGGGUUUUUUUUUCUUUUUAAAGAUUAAAUCAAGGCUGAUAAAUACUAAUCUAGGACAGCAGUUUUCUAUUGUGGAGUUUUUAUGACAAGUGUGCUUUCUUAUACUGGGGUUUUGCAGCCAAAUCUUUUGCAUUCCAGAGGGAAAAAUAGUUAUUUGGUAUAUAAACAACUCAACUUUCUUUGAUUUUUCACUGGUCAAGGGGUUGCUUUGUGCCAGGAAGGCUCUACUUGUCGUGUCAGGCUAAUUGUACAUCUACAUAUGAAUGUUCCUUUCCCUCCAGUCCUUUCUGGAAAGGGGAAAUUAUGAUGGGUUAUUAAGAGAGAGCAAAGCUAAAACCAGCGUGACGUUUCUGAAACUGUGAACACUAGAAGGAUGUAUUUUGGAGGGGUUUUUUAAUUUUGUUUUCAUUCAGGCAGUUGCCACCACGUCCAGCUUUUGAGAUCAGACCAUGUGGGAGCUGAGAGACUUCGUUCUUCCCUUCUUGCCCCUCUUAGAAUGGCAUCAGUUGCAUUAUGCUGUACCAGAUGAUCGUGUUUUGUGUUAACUGUUUUUCUGGCAGGGUGCAAAGUGGUGGUGUGAAGGCUGUGUCAUGUGUGCGCUCUGAGCACAACAGAGGACUGGUUGGUGCAGGUGCUGUGUUCUCCGACAGCCUCUCCCCUCUCCUGACCACACACAGCCAGAACUGACAGAAAUUCAGUGGUAGAAAUGUUUUUACAGGUGGCAGUGAAAUCUUUUCAUUUCUUCUUUAUGAAACGGCAAAUGUGCUUAGCACAUACCCUGCUGGAAACAAAUUUUACAAGAUUUACAUGAGAAAAGAAUUCCAAGUUGCAAAUAUAUAUAUAUAUAUAUAAAAUAAAAAUCAGUAAGGAAAGCAUACAGCAUGUUGACUAACUUAUCCCUUGUAUAUUCCUGGGGGCUGCAGUAUGCAUUGAGAGAACAGUCACUUCUGUCUGCAGAAUGCUUUGUCUUUGUGCUCCAAGGUGGUCUGCAGUGCCAAUGCCGGUGUAGGGGACCCAGGUUGGGUUCGCAUGGAACUCGUGAUGGUUACCGGAGCAGGGCAGAGGGAAGGGCUUGUUCCAGUGCAGAGCAGGGGAGGCAUGGCUGCAGCAAGUCCAACCAAACGCUGAAAUGCCAUUCAGCUCACAGCCCCAGGAGGAGUGGGACAGGGGCAGGUCUGUGGUUGCUCACAUGGGGAGGAUGAGAGGAACCUGCCAGUGCUGCCUGUGUGUGUGGCGGUGUGGGCACACGCUGAGCAGUGAGCUCAGUGCUGCUGGCAGCCUGGGCUGUGCCGGGAUGGGUGAUGCAGCAACUUUGGUGAUGCACACAAUCACGAACUGCAAUGCCAGGUGCACACAAGUGAGGAGAAAUAGGACUCUGGGUUGUUUUUUGUUGAGCCUGUCAGCCCUGUGUGUCAUUCCUGAUCAACUCCGGCCACAAGUUGAGCCAGUAGAUGACAUUUUUUGCUGUCUGAUGUGCUUCAGAUUUUUCUACCCUCUUGUUGCUUCUGUCUGACCCAGAAGUGACAAACCAGUAAAUGCCCACUCUCCUGGGCAGCAGGGAAUGCAAAGGACAGGAACACUGCCUGCUGGGAGCUGCAGGACGGCGGGUGCUUGCAGCUGGGUGCUCAGGGUCUUCCACAGCCAACUGGCAGCACUCCUGCAUGGUGCCCUGCACCUCAAAGCCCAGUUCACUGCACUGGCUGCUUGUGCGUGGCUGUGUAUUAGCGUCCCGUACAGAGGACACAGCUGGGAAUAACUGCACUAUGAAUAUUCUUCUUAGUUUUCUGGAAACCUUUAUCCUCUGGAGCUGGGAAGACUUACUGACGUGAAUCAGCUGUGUAACGAGUUGGGUUUUUAAUAGCCACAGAAAUGCUGAAAUAAUAGAAACAACACGACAAAUGAACUCAUCAACCAGACAGAGCGCAGCUCCUCUUUGCCUUCCACAGCGAGCUCACAGGUUGGCAUGGGGAGGAGAGGGGUGGGAUUCGUUGAUGCAACAAGGCAACACGUGCAGUGCGAGUAGCAGUAGAGCAGAUGGCCAAUUGACAAAAGUAUUGCUGUAGUAUGACGUGCUUCUGCAUAUAUAUCUAUUGUUAGUAAUGUAAAAAGUUCAACCAUACUAUUAAAGAUCCCGGUUUGUUGCAACGGCGGGAUGCUUUUAGCCACGGGGUUUUGAAAGCAUUUUAGCUGUGUAAGCGUUGGCAAACUGAAUGCUGUACAUUUCUCCAUCUCUGUCUUGUUCAGAGACACAAGAGGUAGCGACAUUUCUGACUCCUGAUCUAUAUCCUACAAACUCUCUUCUGUGUCACUGUAAAUACCUUCCAGACUCCCUGCACCUUUUGCAGAUCAUGUUAAUGUUGGGGGGGGAGGGGGGGAGGGUGGGAAAUGAAGGAUUUUUGUUGGCUUUUUCACUACGCUGCUCAGAUCUCGUUCUGUUAAAUAAAAGGAGGCUCUGUUGGAAAGGGGCUUUCUUCCUUCGCCCUUCACCACUUCCCCGUAAGCCCAGUCCCUCCCAGCUGGCAGCUCUCGGGCAGCUCGUGCUCCCUGGGACAGCAUGGAGAGGGAUUCUGAGAAAGGAGUUACUGCAGAGUUGCUUUGGGGAUGGGGGAUGAGCUUCCUACGCUCUGCAGACUUGCUUGGACAAAACAAAAACCUCACAUCCCUGAGAUGGCGGUGGUCUGCCUUGCGAGUUAACCCUUGUAGGAAGUGUUUGAGCUAAACUCAGCAGCUGUGCUUCUGUCUUCUCCCAAAGAAGAUGAAUGUCCUGCUUUAUAUCUGCAGCUACAAUGCUUCUGUUGGUCACUGACUGUAUAUACAAGUCUGCCUGCUUUGAGACUUCCAUUUUCAUAGAGUUUUUGACUGCUCUGUUCUGCCGAUGGCUCUCCUCUUCUACGCUUCAUCCAUUCAGAUGCUUUGUAGCCGCAUGUGUGUGUUGCUCUUGUUCAUAGGAGAUGGAGAUGGAGCUCCUUCCAUGGCAGACGUGGCAUGGCACCGAGCCUACAGACGUCAGCAGUCAGAAGAUGGGAUGUGUUCAGCCAGUGGGCUUCGUUCUGUGGACUUUGAGACUUGUCAUAGAUGUGUCCACUGGACUCUCCGUGAAGAAGUGUGUUCCAGCAGGACCACUUGUUGGGUAUUUAUCCGGUAGAACUGCAUAUUUGUAUAUUUUACAGACGGUAACCAUUUGAUCAGAGCCAUGGGGCAAAUAGAGAACUUAAAAUCCUGACUCCUGCCUUAAAACUCUCAGUUCACCUUGAGCUCCAGAAAUUCUGCACCUGCCCAUCUCAAAGUUCGUUUCCUUAGGAAAUUCGAGUCCAGUUAAAGGCUGGAGACAAAGAAAAAUUAAAACAAAUUAAUUCUUAGCUGAUGGCUUUAUUAAAAUAACUAACUGGUCUUGUAAUAAAAACCCUGUUAGUGCCUCUCAAGUCCAGGGAAUGUCUAAAAAGCAGAGGUGGCUUUCGAGCAAUGAUUGGAAUGACGGCAUUAGCUGGAGAUUUGUAAGACACUUUCACAUGUCCUGAGCAAGAGACUUCGGUUUGUGUCCUCUCUGCCUCAUGGUAAUGGCUUUCAAAGAUGGCUGGUACCAUCAGAUUUGUACUUCUUGAAUAAAUAUCUUCAUUUUUAUGGUAAAA